AGAGACCCGGACCGCCACGGGAGACCGCUCCAACAUCCAGGAAGACCCAGAGACCCGGACCGCCACGGGAGACCGCUCCAACAUCCAGGAAGACCCAGAGACCCGGACCGCCACGGGAGACAGCUCCAACAUCCAGGAAGACCCAGAGACCCGGACCGCCACGGGAGACAGCUCCAACAUCCAGGAAGACCCAGAGACCCGGACCGCCACGGGAGACAGCUCCAACAUCCAGGAAGACCCAGAGACCCGGACCGCCACGGGAGACCGCUCCAACAUCCAGGAAGACCCAGAGACCCGGACCGCCACGGGAGACCGCUCCAACAUCCAGGAAGACCCAGAGACCCGGACCGCCACGGGAGACAGCUCCAACAUCCAGGAAGACCCAGAGACCCGGACCGCCACGGGAGACAGCUCCAACAUCCAGGAAGACCCGGCGAACACGGAGCGCCAUGGCCGACAGCAGCAGCCCCCCGCUGUCGUCCUACAUCAUGGACGAGGAGACGCUCAAACGAAAACAGAAGGAGAAGCUGAAGAAGCUGAUGGCGACUGGAGGAAACCCGCGACCGGCUCGCUCCCUCCUCGUCCUCAGCCUGAAGAACCCCUUCCGCAAGGCCUGCAUCAGCAUCGUGGAGUGGAAGCCGUUUGAGAUCAUCAUCCUGCUGGCCAUCUUUGCGAACUGCGUGGCUCUGGCGGUGUACCUGCCCAUGCCCGAGGAGGACAGCAACAACACCAACAGCAACCUGGAGAGCCUGGAGUACAUCUUCCUCAUCAUCUUCUCCAUAGAGUGCUUCCUGAAGAUCGUGGCCUAUGGAUUUCUUUUUCACGCAGACGCAUAUCUAAGAAACUGCUGGAACAUUCUGGACUUCGUCUGUGUGUCUGUUGGACUGUUCACCGUGGCGGUGGACGCCAUCAACCACAUCAGCGGAGUGGAGGCUCCCGUCGGGGAGAAGGGUGGAGGCUUUGACAUGAAAGCUCUGAGGGCGUUCCGAGUCCUCCGCCCCCUCCGGCUGGUGUCUGGAGUGCCGAGCCUGCAGGUGGUGAUGAACUCCAUCCUGAAGUCCAUGCUGCCGCUGUUCCACAUCACCCUGCUGGUCCUCUUCAUGGUCACCAUCUACUCCAUCAUGGGACUGGAGCUCUUCAAGUGCAAAAUGCACAAGACCUGCUACUACACUGGCACAAAUAUCAUUGCCACAGUGGAGAAUGAGAAGCCAGCUCCGUGCGCCCAGGCGGGGAACGGCCGGCGCUGUGCCAUCAACGGCACGGAGUGCCGCUCCGGCUGGCCCGGCCCCAACAACGGAAUCACCCACUUCGACAACCUGGGCUUCUCCAUGCUGACGGUCUACCAGUGCAUCACCACACAGGGGUGGACCGACGUCCUCUACUGGGUGAACGACGCCGUGGGGAUGGAGUGGCCCUGGCUCUACUUCACCACGCUCAUCCUGGUCGGCUCGUUCUUUGUGCUCAACCUGGUUCUUGGUGUACUCAGUGGCGAGUUCACCAAGGAGCGAGAGAAGGCCAAAUCCCGGGGAGAGUUCCAGAAGUUACGGGAAACCCAGCAGCUCGACGAGGACCUCAAAGGCUACAUGGAGUGGAUCACUCAGGCUGAGGUUCUGGAUCAAGACCUGGACAGACAGGGUCUGCUGCCUUUAGAAAACGAUGGAUCAGACACUGGCAGUGUGGGGAAAAUGGACACCAUGCAGCGGAUCAUCUAUUACUAUAAGUUGGCCCGGAAGUGGAAUCGCUGGCUGCGCUGUCGAUGCAGAGUCUAUGUGAAGUCCAGGCUGUUCUACUGGUGGGUCAUCAUGCUGGUGUUCUUCAACACGCUGGCCAUUGCAACAGAGCACCACAACCAGUCCGAGAGACUCACAAACUGGCAAGACAACGCCAACAAGCUGCUGCUGUCCAUGUUUGCCCUGGAGAUGUUCAUGAAGAUGUACGCUCUGGGCCUGCCGUCCUACUUCAUGUCCCUCUUCAAUCGCUUCGACUGCUUCGUGGUGUCCACCGGCGUCCUGGAGAUCAUCCUGGUGCACAUGGGCGUCAUGUCGGUCAUGGGCAUCUCCGUGCUGCGCUGCAUCCGCCUGCUCCGCCUGCUCAAGGUCACCAGGUACUGGACAUCGCUCAGUAACCUGGUGGCCUCGCUCCUGAACUCCGUGCGCUCCAUCGCCUGCCUGCUGCUGCUGCUUUUCCUCUUCAUCGUCAUCUUCUCCCUGCUGGGUAUGCAGGUGUUUGGAGGGAAGUUUAACUUCCCCAACCGAGCGAAACCCCGCAGCACGUUCGACAGCUUCCCUCAGGCGCUCAUCACCGUGUUCCAGAUCUUGACAGGUGAGGACUGGAACACCGUGAUGUACGACGGCAUCAUGGCUCAUGAGGGACCCAGCAUGCCCGGGAUCCUCGUCAGCCUGUACUUCAUCAUCCUGUUCGUCUGCGGGAACUUCAUCCUCCUGAAUGUCUUCCUGGCCAUCGCUGUGGACAACCUGGCGGAGGCGGAGUCGCUGACUUUAGCCCAGAAGGAGAAGGCUGAGGAGAAGAAACGUAAGAAAGCCCUCAGAGCCAACAUGCCUGAUAAAGCCACGGAGGAGAAGGCCAAUCUGGCAAAGAAGCUGGCUGAGCAGCGAGCCAAGGGCGUGGAGGGCGUCUCUACAACCGCCAAGCACAAAAUCGAUGAGUUUGAGUCAGAUGUGAACAAAGUGAAGGACCCGUUCCCUCCCGCGGACUUCCCUGGUGACGAUGAGGAGGAGGACCCUGAGAUCCCGGAGAGCCCCCGGCCUCGUCCCAUGGCAGAUCUCCAGCUGAAGGAGGAAGCCGUGCCCAUGCCGGACGCUAGCUCCUUUUUCAUCUUUGGCCCUCAGAACAAGUUCCGGAAGCUUUGCCAUCGCAUUAUCAACGCAACCACGUUCACCAACAUCAUCCUGCUGUUCAUCCUGCUCUCGUCCAUUUCGCUGGCCGCGGAGGAUCCCAUUGACCCUAUGUCUUUCAGGAACCAGGUGUUGGCCUCUGCUGAUAUCGUCUUCACCUCAGUGUUCACGGCAGAAAUCGUUCUCAAGAUGACGACGUACGGAGCGAUUCUUCACAAAGGCUCCUUCUGCCGGAACUCCUUCAACAUCCUGGACCUGCUGGUGGUGGGCGUGUCCCUGCUGUCCAUGGGCAUGGAGUCCAGUGCCAUCUCAGUGGUGAAGAUCCUCCGGGUGCUGAGGGUCCUGCGGCCCCUGAGGGCCAUCAACAGAGCCAAGGGCCUGAAGCAUGUGGUUCAGUGUGUGUUUGUAGCGGUCAAGACGAUUGGGAACAUCGUCCUGGUCACAAUGCUGCUGGACUUCAUGUUUGCCUGCAUUGGAGUUCAACUUUUCAAAGGGAAGUUCUAUGCCUGCACCGAUUCAGACAAAAUGACUGAGGAAGCAUGCAGGGGCUGGUACAUCAAGUACCAGGAGGGGGCUCUUCAUGAAAUGGAAAUCCGCGAGAGGAAAUGGAUCAACUCAGAGCUCAACUUCGACAACAUCCUGAACGGCAUGCUGACGCUCUUCACCAUCUCCACCUUCGAAGGGUGGCCCAAAAUACUGUACAAGGCCAUUGAUUCGAACCUGGAGGAUACGGGUCCAGUGUACAACAACCGAGUGGCCAUCUCCAUCUUCUUCAUCAUCUACCUGAUCCUCAUCGCCUUCUUCAUGAUGAACAUCUUCGUGGGCUUCGUCAUCGUCACCUUCCAGGAGCAGGGAGAACAGGAGUUCCAGAACUGUGAGCUGGACAAAAACCAGCGGCAGUGUGUUCAGUACGCUCUGAAGGCCCGACCGCUGCGCUGCUACAUUCCCAAAAACCCCUACCAGUACCAGGUGUGGUACAUCGUCACCUCCUGCUACUUCGAGUACCUCAUGUUCCUUCUCAUCAUGCUCAACACCAUGUGCCUCGGAAUGCAGCACUGCAACCAGUCGGACCACGUCAAGCACCUGUCGGACAUGCUGAACGUGAUAUUCACUGUGCUUUUCACCGUGGAGAUGAUCCUGAAGCUGAUGGCCUUCAAAGCCAAAGGUUACUUUGGAGACCCGUGGAAUGUGUUCGACUUUGUCAUCGUGAUCGGAAGUGUUGUGGACGUGAUGCUGAGUGAAAUCAAUGCGGCUCUGGCGUCCUCUGGAGGACCGUAUCAGGUCCAGGAUGCUGCUGCGGUGGAUCCCAUGCAGGAAAUAGCGUCCUUGGAGAACAUGAGUGUGUCCAUCACGUUCUUCAGACUGUUUCGUGUCAUGCGCUUGGUGAAACUCCUGAAUCGCUCCGAGGGGAUCCGCAAUCUGCUGUGGACUUUCAUCAAAGCCCUGCAGGCUCUGCCCUACGUGGCCUUGCUCAUUCUCAUGCUGUUCUUCAUAUACGCUGUGGUGGGAAUGCAGAUUUUUGGGAAAAUUGCUCUUGUUGACGGCACUUAUAUCAACAGAAACAACAACUUCCAGACCUUUCCUCAGGCCGUGCUGCUGUUAUUCAGGUGUGCCACAGGGGAGGCGUGGCAUGAAGUCAUGUUAGCGUCCAUGUAUGGAAAGAAGUGCGACCCCAAAUCAGACUACCUGCCCGGGGAGGAGUACACCUGUGGAUCCAACUUCGCCAUCAUCUACUUCAUGAGUUUCUACAUGCUCUGUGCUUUUCUGAUUAUAAACCUAUUUGUUGCUGUCAUCAUGGAUAACUUUGACUACCUGACACGGGAUUGGUCCAUUCUCGGCCCCCAACACCUGGAUGAGUUCAAAAAAAUUUGGGCAGAGUAUGAUCCUGAGGCCACAGGCCGUAUAAAACAUCUUGAUGUGGUGACACUCCUGCGCAGAAUCCCUCCACCUCUGGGUUUUGGUGAAUUCUGUCCUCAUCGUAUUGCCUGUAAGCGGCUGGUGUCCAUGAACAUGCCCCUCAACAGUGAUGGAACCGUCACCUUCAACGCCACGCUGUUCGCUCUGGUCAGAACGGCUCUGAAGAUCAAGACUGAAGGGAAUUUUGAACGAGCCAAUGAGGAGCUGAGGGGGAUCAUCAAGAAGAUCUGGAAGCGCACCAGCAUGAAGCUGCUGGAUCAAGUCAUCCCGCCCAUCGGAGACGACGAGGUGACGGUUGGGAAGUUCUACGCCACGUUCCUCAUCCAGGAUUACUUCAGGAAGUUGAAGAAGAGGCAGGAAGAGUACUAUGGCUACCGUCCCACCAAGAAAUCCGACACCCAUGAAAUACAGGCCGGGCUGAGAAACAUCGAGGAGGAGGCGGCUCCGGAGCUCCACCGGACCAUCUCUGGAGACCUGAUCACCGAGGACGAGCUGGACCGCAGAGAGGAGGUCAUCCUGAGGAGCCAAGGCAGUCUGUUUGGAAACCCCUUCGCUGACGACAGUGACAUGGUGAAUUCCAGCCAGGCUACGAGCCAGCGCCCUCUACAGAUGGCAGAGGGAGGCACUGGUAACAACAUGAAUCCUCCCAGUGGGACUCACAGUUUUUAUUAACGGCCGUUUGGAGAAACUGAGGGUCAGGAUCACCUGCUUGAUCUGAUCAGAACUUCAUCCAAAGUCAAACCGUGUGGCGUCUCCGGCGUCCCCCUCGUCCUGGUCCAGGGGAAAACAUCUGGACUCUGUCCCUGAGCCGGAGCAGGUUCUCUGCGGGGGAAACCAGUCGGUUCAGCACAAACAGCAAGCUGCACGCUUUGGUGUGGCGCUGCUCUUGCUCUUCAGGAAUUCAUUUGACAUUUUCACAUCAUUUAGAGAGCCGUGGAUAAACGUGGAGAGACUCCUGACACGUUCCUCCAAGAGGAAGACAUCCUGUCCUUUACUUCAUCUCUGGCUGGUGCUCCUCAUCCGGUGGGAGAAACAGCCACAUCUGGGCUUCUUUUCAGUCAUGAAGUUGAACCGAUUUGGUUCUAGUUUCUCCUGAUAACCAGAAUCCCUUCAUCACCUCUGCUGUUCAGGCGGUCCUGUUUGGCUGUGCAGAUGAUUGGAUGAUCAUAUAAUAUGAACAACAACUUCUGACUGGACGAUCCACCACUGACUUUCUCCAUACAAAGAAAACAAAUGAAGAAUAUCAAAAGUAAACGUAGUUUAGGAGCAAGUUGAGCUGGUUUUGGACGCGUUGUAUUUGCAGAGAAUUGGAAGCGUCGGUCUGGUGUGGAGUAAAGCUUUCCGCUGAUCUCCUCAUCUUCUAACUGCUCCUCUCCUCCAGCGAGCGCUGCUCGGGUUCAUCCAGCUGUUUUUCCCAGGAGAAGUGAUUCCAAGCCUGACUGGCUUCUCAUCUUUAAUCUGUGUUCUGCUGGUAACUGUGAAGCGUUCUCAUUAUGCUCUAAACAUUGUACCCACAUUAGAGGGACACAGUGGAACACCAUCCUCCAGUCUUCUGCUGAGUCUGAACUCAGAUUUAGAGUCGAGCUGACCCUGACCCUGAUGGGAAGCCUCAUCAUGAACAUCCGAAGUUCUCACACCGUCUUUCUUUGUGGAAAACCAUAAAUGAGACAAACCGUCCCUGAAUGUUUCAGUCCAGAAUGUGUCCAUACU